AUGGGUGACCGGAUAAAACCGCUGAAAUUUCUAAGAGACGUUCUUCUUCCACCGGAAAUGGACGUAGAAAAAGAAAUGGUGGACGUUCUUCCAAAACUGCCGGCCCGAAAGGAGGAUAUCUUUAUUACGUCAUAUCCAAGAUCAGGUUCGUUUACAAGUGACAGGGGUCUUUUCUCUAAAAUGUGAAACUCACUGUAAAUCAACAUAUGAUUUGUUUUGAUGACUUCAGUCCACUGGGCAGGGGACAUAAUUGUGUUAUUGGUUUGUACUUAAUUGGUUCCUCUUCGUCACUAUGACUACUCAGAGUAGUCCGAGUAGUCUUAACGGCACAUGCAUAUGGCAAGGACAGUAACAACGAAGGGCACAAUAAUGACAUGGCAAAAAGGCUACGUUUGGGUUCAGUUGAGAUAGGAGCACAAAGUGAUUGUGAAAGGAAUUCCAGUUUGACUUGGGACGGAGUGAACCGUGAGAAAAUACCUAGAUCGCGGUUGGCCCGACCCCAUUUCCCAAAGUUUUUUUUCUCGUUCGCCAUUUCGUUUUAUCCCUUACGUCUAUAAGACAGUUUUUUUUUACAAGAUUGCAGAGUAACAAGAACGACGAUGAUACAAGCAACACUUAAAAUAAAUGAAAGUAACAACCAGAAGAAUUGUAACGAGAGGAAUAUAUGGCCGUUGCGCAAGCCAACCUUCUCGCAUGGUGUAGGUUGAGCUCGCUGUAAAUUAUCAGUUAUGUAUACAGGGCUUUUUUAUCAGUACUUUUGAAUUAAGUGAAAUGAUUCCCCACAAACGAUUAAGCACUGACUCUCCAAGGUGCAGAAAAUAAAGUCUUUGAUAAUUAUUAGCCUCUCAUCAAUAGCAAUGACUUAUUUUUGUGUAAUGCUUCCUCCUUUUAAUAAAGACUGAAAUGACGUCUCUGCCGCGAUCCACACUUCUCCUUGCAAAUGGCAGAAUUGUACAUUUUCUGGAACUUUGCAAGUUUUUUUUCGCAGGCUCCACUUGGACUUUUUCGCAGGUUCCAUGAUGGUAAAAUAGACGACGUCGAUUGGAUGGAAGCCUUUUGUGGAAGGGAUUAUUCUGCCUAUUAAAUUCUUCCCUAUAUGAUGACCCCGAGUAAGCUUAAAAUUCAAAACUCAUCUUCCUUAUUGCUUCGUCCCUAAGGGCUCUGAUGAAGCUGACAAGCCUCAAUACAUAUAUGUUGUGCGCAAUCCCAAAGAUGUGCUUGUGUCUAUUUAUCAUCAUCACCGCAACAUGCCUUAUUUAGUGGAAAUUCCUUCCUGGGACGAGGCGUUCAAACGUUUUAUCACAGGAGACUGUAAGUAACAUUCCCUUAGCCAUUCUUCAUGAACAAGGGCUUUACGUCAUUAAGACAUAUAGUAGGUAUAUUGGUUCUACAACUCAGUGAACAUCCUUUGAUAAUAAAUUUCAGAAGAGACAAACGUAUGGCUAGUUCACUAGCAUAGCUUCCCGCAAGACGGUGGUAGAGAAAAAAACACAACAAGAGUGCCAAGGCUGACACGUUUGAGAGUAAAACAGGAAAAAUUAUAAAAUAAUUCAAAUAGUACGCGCGCUCUGAUUGGCCAUAAAACCAUUUUACAUGAGCGUAUCGUUCCUCUUUCAUUAGUUAUUUUAUAAAAGAAAUGUAAAAUGGUUUCCGUGUUUACAUAGCCUGAUGUAAACACUUGGGAGGUUGGGAGAACACGAGAUAAGCGUAGGAAACCACGACGCGAAGCUAUCAAACAAACAAACGAUGAAAUCUCGGUUAUGUCUGACUAUCUGAUCGUCGAUUGGAAAAGGCACCCAUACCAUCAACGAAACAUAACAUAUCAUAGUGAGCUCGCAGGUUAAGAGUCCACCAACCUAUAAAACUUAAAGUAAAUCAAGCUCUGGGAAUGUAAUAUUUCUGAGGUCUGUUUGGAUGAAGGAAAUAUAAAUAGCAAAUUGGUACGUUUUAAUGAGAAGCUUUUCCUUGCCUACUUUGCAGUUACGUUUGGUUUGCACUUUGAUCACGUGUUAGGCUGGUGGGAACAAAGGGACGACCCUAACAUUUUGAUUCUUACUUAUGAGGACAGAAUAAAGGUAAGAAAUAAAAGUAAACCAUUUAUGGAUCUUAAAGCUCUUGUAGAUGUAUGAUAUAACCCUCUAUUUAGCUUAAGGAUUAAGGUUUUUUAGUAUUUCAUUCGCCAGGGCGUUAAUCAGGCUAUUUUCAAAGGCUUUGUGUUUGACUUGCGGACGAAGGAAAUAAAUAGAUACCAGAAAGAGAACUCGCGUAAACAGAUUUCUUCAAUUUUUUCGACAGUUUAAAAAAGUUUGAGUCUUUAACAAUUCACAAGGAUUUGCAUGUAUGCAUGAUAAGAUUUUGUUUGUCACCAUGCAGCUUUUCCCCUUACUGUUCUUCAAUAUGUGAGCAACUAGACCAUUUUGUCAAGGCAUCAAGGCAACAAUGUUUCAGUUAAACCGCUAAAACUAAACCCAUCAAAAUGAAAGUGACACUACGGGCUCGU